AUGAAUAAUCAAACAAAUACAAUAGUAAAUCUAUCACAUUUAAUAUUAAAUAAAAUUACAAAUUUAAUAGAUGAUAACAUUGAUAAAAUCUGUUUCAGUUUAGUUUGUAAGAGAUGGUUCGAUGAUAGAGAUAAAUAUUUAAUAUUCAACACUGAUAAUAUCUAUAUCUCGAGUGUGAAUAGUAUUGAAAUUAAAGAUUUUAAAAAUAAUCAGUAUUUCAGAUUGAAGUCGUAUGAAAAUAUAUUUCAUAAAUCGAUUGAAUCAAAGAAUGAUUGUGUGCUUAUUAUUGCAAAGAAUAAAUUUAAUCUAAUUACAUUUUGGGAAAUGCAAAGAACUCAAAAUUUUAUUUAUUAUGAAGAUAAAAUUAGAGAAAUAGAAUAUUUUCCAUCAUACAUUACCAAAAUUGAUAUUAAAACAGAUUUUUCAAAUGAAAAAGAUUUAAUACACUUUUAUCGAGCACUGAAUAAAUCACAAUCAGUCACGGAAUUGAACAGAUGUGGAACACUGAAAUAUGGAAUACCACAAUCAAUCAGAAAACUAAGUUUUACAUCGUUAUUUAAUGAAGAACUUGUCAAAGGAUGUCUUCCGGCGAAUUUGGUUACACUGGAAUUCGGCACCUAUUUCAAUAAACAGAUCAAAAAUGGUAUUCUUCCAGAGAGUUUGGUUAGCCUCAAACUUUGUAGAGUUUAUAACUUUCCACCAGAAACAGGAGUACUUCCAGCUUCACUUAAAGUCUUGAGUAUUAGCAGUGAAAUGCCUCUCAAAGUUGGAUCACUACCGAAUGGUUUGGAAAAACUAACACUCUCAGAUCAUCAGAAACUUCCAAUUGAAGAUCCUGGAGUACUACCACAAUCUCUGAAAAUUCUGAAAGGUAUACCUCACUCAUGGCUCCCAGUAUUACAUCUACCGAACCUGCAUUAUCUCAGCGUAGUGGUCACAAACCAAAAUCUAAAUGAUAGUGGUACAAUCAACUUUGAUCAGUUACCAUCAAACAACCUAAAGACUUUUAAAAUGGAAAUAGCUUAUCUUUUGACUGGAACAGUUCCAACAUCGAUAACCAACUUGGUUUUAAGAAAGAGUAGACUCGACUUUAACAAACUAUUUCCGAAAACAUUGCAAUAUCACUUUGAAAGAUUUGAAUGCAGCAUAGACCCAUCUCAGAUUCCAAAUAAUAUAUCGAUUGACAGAUUGGUAGUUGAACUCAAUGAACCUGUUACAUCAAUUCCACAUCAAAUCCAAUCAGUUUCAUUUAAUACAGAGAGUUGGUUCUACAAUAAAUUGAUUAAAUGCCGAAUACCUCGAACAGUCACCGAGUUGAAAAUUCCAUUCAAGAAUACCAAGCUUCCAAUUGUAUUGCCAAACUCCAUCGAGACGAUUCAUAUGUUCGAUCACGAACUGAGUGAAUGCAUGGACUUAAUUCCAACAUCAGUUAAAACCAUCAUAUUCACAAAACCUGUUCAACUAUUGAAUGACAUUCCACAAAACAUCAAAAACAUCACCAAUUUCAUUAUGCCUGGGCACUUUGCAAUCAGAAAGUUGGAUGAAAAUUACUAUAUUAUUUUAGGUAGCUAUUCUCAUGAAUCGGUUACCAAAAUAUUCCAUCAUUCAAAGCUGUCAUUGUUUUUAAGUGAUCCACUAUAUAAAUAA